GUAUUUGUACCACACGUGGGCGCUGGAACACAGUGAUUUUACUUGCAAUGACCCUAAUGCACUUUUUAAGAUGGGUUUAACAGUCCCUUCUGCCAAGUGUUUACUCGCUCCCAUGGUAACACUGAAUUCUGAAACUUGGCAAGUAACUUGAUCCAUAAGCAUAGUUUGGUUCUAUCUACAGUGAUUUUGUUAUGUGUGUCAUCUGGCGAUGCAUUGCAAAUCCUGUACUGUACAUGUCAGUUAGAUACAUAUCCCUCCAGUUGUUUCUGAAGUCGCUGAGCAAAAGAUGGGAAAAAUACACAGAGGCUUGAAUAACAGGAGACAACAUGCAGGAAACAUAUCAUCAAUACCAACCAAAUACCAGACAGUUGUAAUAAGCAAUGAGGAUAAGAAGGGUUUCUUGUCACAAGCUAAGAGGUUCAUUGCAGAAGACAGUCAGAAUGAAAACCCAGGGCCGGGGACAUACAUAUCUCAUAGCCUGGCUGAAAUCAGAAGCCCUUCCUUCUCCAAGAAAGGCACAGGAGGGUUAGCAUCCCAGGCUGUCAGAGUUCUCAGUAACGCUAAGAGAGGUAUCCCAGGACCUAAUGAGUACAACCUACAGUCCUCUCUGAUCCACAAACAUAGCUUUGGCAGGGGAGGGUCCAGAACAUUCCAACUGCCAAUUGCUGUGCAACCUAAAGUCCCAAAGAACAAGACUCCUGCCCCUAAUCAAUAUCAUGUGUCCUUGAGUGGGAUCAAGCCAAAUACACUAGUGUCAGCUCGGUCAGUGUUUCUAUCAAGAACUGGACGGUGUUCAGUGUAUUCAAACACUCCUAAAGGACCAUCUCCAUGUCACUACAAAGUCAAUGAUGCCAUUACUCAGAAAUGCCCCAAGGUUCCCUUUUCCUGCUUCAAGUCUAACUCUGCAAGGAUCCAGUCCCCAGUGAUCAACCACAGCCCAGGCCCAGGCACUUACAGUCCUUAUCAGGCCCCUGAACCAGUGAGGAGGUCAGUCCUACCGAGGAAGCCCAUCUUAGGACACGGCCCUCCUCGGACUCUUCCAAAGGACCCCCUCUUGCCUGGCCCUGGGCAGUAUAACGUAGUCGAUUACGGGGGCCUGUCUAAACACUUCAUGUCCAGUGCUGCAUUUUUUUCUAGAACAAGCCGUUGGAACCAGGAUGUGAGAGGCCAGGGAAUGCCAGGGCCCGGCCACUAUGAACCCGACAUGUCAUCAUCAAAGCAGUCUUUCUUACACAAUCACUCCAAGAACUGGAUCCCAGCUUGAAGCACUUUAGAUAACUCUGUUUUUCGUGUGGGUGUAUUUGCAUGUGUUCACACCACACACUGGAUACUGUAUAGUCAUUAGUGUCCUUCAAGUAAAACUGUGUCGUUGCUGAGUGGCUUGUGGGAAAUUGUCUCCGGGUGCGAGGAAGGUUUUGUACCAUGCCUCAUGAGCAUUGCAAAUACAGAACACAUUUGUUUCACCAAGAUAAAAGUUAAGAUAUCAAAUCACUCAUCUAUUCAGUACUUUUAUGUACAUCUACUUAUUUCUUUAAGAGUAAACACAUAUGCAAAACAAGCACAGCUUUUGUGUAUAGUCAUAUAGAGAUGACACACAGUAACGGUCCAACAGACCCAGGCAACUGCUAGCACUGUCAGCGGUAAGCCAUAAUGUCGCUGGUACGCCACAAUAACAGCUGGGCACACGAGACGGCAUAGUCAUAGCAGCUGUUGGGGUUGUGCUAAAGGCGUGAGACACCAGGGACUGGGUUUGUAUGUGAACAAUGCGACUGGACAUGGGAGAGGACAAAUGUCUGUCAGGCAGUCACUCCCUUAUCUGCUAUCUCACUGCUUAGCUCAUGUGCAUUUUACUGACAAAGUGGCGCUGAAACCUGAUGCCUCCUUGAUUCCUAGUACCAGAAACACUACCAGUUGGUACUCGCUGUGACUAUAAUGUCAGUUUGACGUUAGCAUGAGCCAGGUCCUUUGAGAAGUGGACUUGUCUUCUAGGUAUGUUUCCUGGGAACCCCUCAGUGGUUACUGAUUGGAUCGAAGUCAGGGUAUUUGCAACCCCCCUGGCCUGGAUCAGGUUCUGACAGCCCUUCCAGGUUUCAAACCAUCACUAUAAGUUAUAACUCAAUCCUGUUUUGUCUACCUUGAGUUACAUUUAGGACCCUACCACUCUAUUUUAAACACCAUCAUAAUGCAGCAGGACAAAAAUGUGUGCAUGUACACGGCACGAAUCAAAAGCCAACAAAUUUCAGGGAAAUACCAUAGUUCAGACUUUAGCCGUGUCUCCAGGGGACCAUCUGCAGGGUUAUCAGUAGGGGAUUUUAGCAGGCAAUCCCACUCGGUGUUCUGGCUUCCUGAUACCACUGCAACUAUCUGGAGACACGGCUGACUCCCACGUAGGAACAGCUGCAGAUACAUUCAGACACUAUCUUUAAUAUCCUGUCUAACAUAACACUUGUUAAACCAAACCACGGUUUAUACAACUUUUCACAUUUCGGUGCUCCAAACAUAAUUGUUGUUGGGUUACUUUUCUGGGCUUCAAUAAUAUAAGGCUUCUGUGAAGCCAUCGCUGAUUUAAAAAAAAAAAAACUUGGAGUGCAGAAAUCUGGAGAUCUCAGACAGGAGUCUACUCUGAUCUAGAUUUUAGAUGCAUUUUGCCAGUGGCUUUAUUUCCUGACAUUUAAACUAUUGGCUCAGCUACUGUUGUCUGAUGUGCCAUGUGCAUUGUGCUAACUGUAGUCCCACAAAAGACAGAAACACUGGAACAUACCUUUGUGGUUUUAUGGGAGCUGUCUGUGCUUCAGUUUAUGUUUGCAUUCAAGUUGGGCAAGUAUGAGCAAGUUAAUUCAAAAGGCUCCUCACUGAGACACCCUUUUGUUGGCAGAAAAGAUGUGCAGCUUUUUCCAUUUGUGUAUUUUUGUGAAAUCUGUCACCAUACUGGUACUGUAAAGUGAGUACUGUAGCCAUGAAGGAAGCCCCCUGCCUGACUCUAAACCUAAUUUAGAUUCAACACUGAUAUCUGUAAUCUUCUCAACCAAUGUAAAUAGGCAUUAGAGCACAGACCAGGACACUAAAUAGUCAAUAUGAGCCAUUCAUUUUUUAUUUAAAUCAAGGAAAGUUACUGUUUGAGGGCUUACCAAAUAAAUUAGCAAUAUCCCCCCAAUGCAUAACUUAAUUUAGAUUUAUUUCGUUACUGAUAAUUACAUUGAAAAUAAAAGAACAUGAGACCCAACAGGAUUGAGGGGGAUUCAUUAUUUGGAUUAUCCAUCCACAGACUGGUGCUAAACCAAUGGGGUGGCUGAGGGCAUCUUAAAUCAAAUUCGAGGUAGAGCUAAUCACAUCAGCCUAAGCUUAUUUCUGUGGCUUGGCAGUACAUCAGUUGAUUAUGGGCAAAAUAUGGUGCUCUUAUUUCAUAGAAACUGCAGAAGAUGUAAAGAGAAGCUAAAGAUAAAAACUGCAGCAGGUUUCUUUUUAAAUCCCUCACAGACCACUUUAAAAAGGUUAGGGUCAAACCUGUUUAUGGCCAGGGUCAGGUUGUCCAUUUAGUGUGAUUGUGAGAACUUCUAAUGGCUAGGGUUAAGCAGCUGUACUUAAAUAGCCUACAAGCCUACAAACAUUACCACCAAAAUUAAAAGGCUUCAAAAGCUUUUUAAAGUUACUUAAAUCAAUAACUUUGGAUGAAUUGAUAGAGGGAUAGGAUUGUCAGUGAAUAGGUGGACAAGACUGUCAGUUUGACUGACUGACCGACUGGGAGAUAAUGGUUUUGAUUUGCCACCUAUAAUGUAACAUUUAUACCUGCAGUAACCAUUCAGAUUCAGCACCAACAGAACAUAACAAUGUUACUACUUAAUCUUUUCCAUUUCUUAAAGUCAUCAUCAGCACAGCACAAAAAAGAACCUCUUUACUGAUCCCGUUUUCUUAGCUGUGAAACAUCAAUGUGAAGAUUUGCGGAAGAAUAGGCUAUGUAACGGCAGUUUGUAUAAGCGCUGGACUCAAGCCCUCUGUAAUAAUAACUUAUAAAUUCAAUUUUCCUACAGAAAACUGCUCAAACAUUAGUUGGAGCUUGAUUAAUCCAUUACAUUGAUGAAUACACACUAUUCUGUAACAGUUUUUGAACUUCCAAGAAAAAAGAAAUACAUUCAUUGCCUGAAAUACAGUUGCAUAAUGGUUUAGUUUUAACUUGCCAUAGUAUAUUUUAGUGUAUGGUAAAACAUUUAUGAGCUUUGCAAAUAGCAAAUGGUUGUGUUUGUGUGUGUGUGUGAGAGAGAGAGAGAAAGACAGUCUUUUCAGGCGUAGGUGAUUGAAUGUCCUCAACCAUUCCACCACCCCCUACUUUCUGUUCUUCUCUGCUUUCCAAAAGCUCAUUACUACACCACAGAUUAAUGUUUAAUGGGGGAAUGCAUUGCAGAUUAAUUCUACUCAUUGCCAUUUUGUCCCUUACACACACGAUGGUGCCAUAAAAUAGCCUACUCAAUAACGAAUUAUGUUACUCCUAGCUAUAGGCUUAAGAGUGGCUGUUGGUGUGUUUGGGAGAGGCAGUAUCAUAGAGGUGGAAUUACUACAUGUUCCAAUGCUGUAUAUAUACACUCACCUAAAGGAUUAUUAGGAACACCAUACUAAUACUGUGUUUGACCCCCUUUCGCCUUCA